AUUCGGCAUCAAAUUUCAAACCGAGCCCCUGAUAACCCGCCCUCAUUAAAAUUUCCAAUUGGAAUCCGCGCCUCCCAGCGAAGACGCCCCGUUUCUAUUCCCCAUCACCCCCCUCCACCUCACUCCAAGCGUAAUACUAAAACCGUCGGCUCUCUCACAGUCGCUCCCUUUUCCCUAGGGUUUACGCGUUCUCUUCGAUCUGAUGGUUUCCGACACGCUUGAGGAGGAGAAGAAGACCUCCGAAGGCGGAUCCCCUCCGGGGGAGGGGGAGGAGGAGGAGCCGGCGGCCGAAGGAGAGCAGAGCAAGGAAGGGAAGGAGAGGGAGAGGGAAGAGGCCGAGGAUAAGCGGAAGCGGGGGAAGAAGAGGAACACGGGGGAGAAGGGCGGGGAAGAAGGGACGGAGAAGAAGGAGAGGAAGAGGCGGUCGGUGGCGAGGGAGCCCGCCACGCCGGUGGAGCGGCCAUCGAGGGAGAGGAAGGCGGUGGAGAGGUACUCGGCCUUGUCUCCUCGGAGGGCUUCGGCCACGAAAGUUCUUUCAAUCGAGCAGGGUUCUGGAACAAAGCUCAAAGACAUUCCAAAUGUGCUUUUCAAGCUGUCAAAAAGAAAGACAGAUGAGAAUCUUCAAAUUCUUCACACAAUACUCUUUGGAAGGAAAUCAAAUGUACAUUAUCUGAAGAGAAACAUUUUUCAAUUCUCUGGUUUUGUUUGGGCUGACAAUGAGGUAAAACAACGGACAAGAAUUAAGGAAAAGCUAGAUAAGUGUAACAAGGAGAAGUUGCUUGAUUUCUGUGAGCUACUUGAUCUUCACAUUCUGAAAGCCACUACAAAGAAGGAAGAAAUCUCAGCAAAGUUAUUGGAAUUCUUGGAAUCACCUUAUGUUACUAGAGAUGUUGUACUUGCUGAGAAAGAGAAAGGUAAAAAACGCAAGAGAAGGACCAAAGGAAUUCGUCAGACAUCUGGAGAAGCAUCUUCAGAUAGAGAGGCUAAGAAACAAAGAAAGAGUCACAAACAAUCAGCUAAAUCUGAGAAAGAAGAUGAAGAUGAGGGUGGUUCUACAGAUGUGAAAGAUGAAUCCUCUGAUGAUGAAGAUCAGGUGGAUUCUGAGGAAGAUAGAGAACAUGCAAAAAGGGAACAAGAUGGUGAGGAAGAUGAACCAGAGGAGGCUGUGUCAACCAAGAAAAAAUCUGGCGAGAAGCAGAUAAAAAUGGGUAAAGGGGGCAAGAUGAUAGAAAAAGUUUCACCUUUUAAAAAAGGUUCUCGCAGAAAUUCUGAUAAAACUCCUUCAAAAUCAGUUUCUAGGAUUGAAGAUGAAGCAGCUGUAGAAAACAAAAAGGGUUCCAAGGAGUCAACAAACAGGGGUUCAAAGGCCUCGACAAAGGAAAAAUCUGCAACCACUAAAAGGAAUUCUGUUGCUAAGAGCACCCCAGAAUCUUCUCUAGGUAAAAGUACUAAAGAUUAUAAUGAAUCUAGCCCACCAUCGGCCACUAAAUCCAAAAAAGAAAAUAAAAAGAAAGGUCAGAGCCAGGAGGUACCUGCAACUGAGGAUAAGGCAAGCAAGAAAGAAGCUGCUAAGUCACAGCCCAAAGUUCAUGCCAAAAAACAAGGAAAGGCCAAGGCUGAGGAUAACUGGGGGCCCAGCACAGAGGAAUUGCAUGCUGUGGUCAGGGAUAUAUUGAAAGAAGUGGACUUCAAUACUGCAACUUUGGCUGAUAUUCUCAAGCAAUUAGGUUCUCACUUUAAUAAGGACCUGAUGGAUAGAAAGACGGAGGUAAAGCGUAUCAUUGAAGAUGUCAUAAAUAGUAUGUCUGAUGAUGAAGAUGGCGAGGAAGAUGAAGAUGGUGCAGGGGAUGCUGAGGAAGAAGAUGCAAAGGAAGAAUCAGGUGGAGAUGAAGAUAAGUAGCUUACUUAGACGGUUCGGUACUUCAGUAAGUUAGCAGGCCCCACUGCGGUGCGUGCAUAGGUUGCACCAUACAGCCAAAUGCUUGCUCCUGUUGUGGAAGUUGUGAGGACCUGUGGAGGAUGAUUUAUGUAGGGUUGCUUCAACGAUUUCAUAUGGAGGAAUACCUCCCUGACUGCUGUAUAAGAUGCUAGUAGCCUUUAGUUUAUGUAGUUCAAUGUACAUUAGUCUCCUUUUUUUUCUAGGUAAUUUUCGUUUAGGUGGUUAGUCUCUACUGUAAUAUGCAAUGAUCAUAAUGUAGCUGUGUUUUUCCCGCUAAUCUGUUAGUUUGAGAUAUAAUAAAGACCUCUUUGAUGCA